AUGUUUUUGAAGGAUAACAGUACUAACAACACCAACGGCUACCACCAUCAACCACCACCUCCACCACCGGAAAUGGUGCACAAUCACAUCAACAGAGACAGAGCCCGUCACGGCACUCGCCGCUCACGUGUUUCCACCUCUAAUUCCCGUGUUAGGGUUUCCGAUACCGAACAACCUCAACCACUACCACAGGCUAAUCGAUCUGCUUGCACCGAUUACGACAUGGCGUAUUUUCAUUCCUAUGCUCACCUUGGGAUUCACCAAGAGAUGAUCAAGGAUCGUGUGCGGACUGAUACUUAUAGGGAAGCAAUCAUGCGGCAUCAGAGUUUUAUUGCUGGCAAAGUAGUAGUUGAUGUUGGAUGCGGUACAGGAAUCCUUUCCAUAUUUUGUGCUCAGGCCGGUGCAAAGCGGGUGUAUGCAGUUGAUGCCAGUGACAUUGCUCUGCAGGCAAAUGAAGUUGUUAAAGCAAAUAACCUUUCUGAUGUUGUCAUUGUAUUGCAUGGACGAGUUGAGGAUGUUGAAAUUAAUGAAGAGGUGGAUGUUAUAAUUUCAGAAUGGAUGGGCUAUAUGCUUCUAUAUGAGAGCAUGCUUGGGAGCGUUAUUACUGCCAGAGAUCGCUGGCUCAAACCUGGUGGUCUUAUUCUUCCUUCGAGUGCAUCGUUGUACAUUGCUCCUGUUACACAUACGGACAGAUACAGUGACAGUGUUGACUUUUGGCGCAAUGUUUAUGGAAUUGACAUGUCUGCCAUGCUAUCAUUAGCAAAACAAUGUGCAUUUGAGGAACCUUCUGUGGAGACAAUAACCGGUGAAAAUAUUUUGACAUGGCCACAUAUGGUUAAAUAUAUUGAUAGUUAUUCCAUUACCAUCAAUGAGUUAGAAACUGUAACAUCAAAGUUUAAGUUCAACUCAAUGAUGCGAGCUCCACUGCAUGGUUUUGCAUUUUGGUUUGAUGUUGAGUUCAAUGUGCCAACGGUAGACUCAUCAACAUCAGUUAUCGAGAAUAAUCAAGUGAACAGUAAUUUGAGAAAAAAGCGAACAAAUCCUAGUGAAGCACUGGUCCUAUCCACUGCACCUGAGGACCCUCCAACACAUUGGCAGCAGACGUUGAUAUACUUCUAUGAUCCUAUUGACCUGGAACAAGAUCAAUUAAUUGAAGGUUUAGUAACAUUGACACAAAGCAAAGAAAAUGCUCGAUUUAUGAAUAUUCACCUUGAAUAUACUUCAGGUAAUCGAUCGUAUGUGAAAGAGUCUGUUAUGAGAUGA